GCAUGUUCUUUAGCCGAAACCAUUCCGGACCCUAAAAUAAGAACUGAAAACCCUCCUCACCCACCCUAAACCCCCUUCUUCCAACUACGAUUCUAAAUUCCCAAUUUCUUCCGCCGUUCGAUUUCAGACUCUUCAUUCGGGACUCGCCAUAGUGAUUCCUUCUUCGCUCCUAUUCAUUCGUUGCGUGCUCGUUCGGUUGUUCUCGUCGUUCCAGUGAAGAGUUCCAUUUUAGUCCUACACCCUUAGUGUGUGAGAAUAGAUGGCGCCAAUCCUGCAGAGCACUCAGCCAUGGGUCGAGAAAUACCGGCCAAAGCAAGUGAAAGAUGUUGCCCACCAAGAUGAAGUUGUUCGAGUACUGACAAACACCCUUGAAACUGGAAGUUGUCCCCACAUGCUCUUCUAUGGUCCUCCCGGCACAGGAAAAACAACGACUGCCCUUGCAAUUGCCCAUCAGCUUUUUGGACCUGAACUCUAUAAGUCUAGGGUGCUGGAGCUGAAUGCAAGUGAUGAUAGAGGGAUUAAUGUUGUUCGAACAAAGAUAAAAGAUUUUGCUGCUGUUGCUGUUGGUACUAAUCAGCGUAAAAGUGGUUAUCCUUGUCCACCAUUUAAGAUUAUUGUUCUAGACGAGGCAGAUUCAAUGACUGAAGAUGCUCAGAAUGCCCUGAGGCGUACAAUGGAAACUUACUCUAAAGUUACAAGGUUCUUUUUUAUAUGCAACUAUGUUAGCAGGAUUAUAGAACCACUUGCUUCAAGGUGUGCAAAAUUCAGGUUCAAACCAUUAUCAGAAGAAAUCAUGAGCAGCCGGAUAUUAUACAUCUCCCAAGAAGAGGGACUCUGUCUUGAUGCUGAGGCUCUUUCAACCCUGAGUUCUAUUUCUCAUGGAGAUCUUCGUCGGGCAAUCACAUACUUGCAGUCUGCAGCUCGCUUAUUUGGAUCUUCAAUUUCUUCAGAGAAUCUGAUUUCUGUGUCUGGGGUUGUUCCGGCAAAGGUUGUGGAGGAACUUCUUAAAGCUUGCAAAAGUGGUAAUUUUGAUUUGGCAAACAAGGAAGUCAACAAUUUCAUUGCAGAGGGAUAUCCAGCUUCUCAGAUGCUUACUCAGUUAUUUGAGUCCAUUGUUGAAGACAAUGACUUAUCUGAUGAGCAAAAAGCAAGAAUAUCCAAGAAGCUGGGUGAAGCUGAUAAGUGCUUAGUUGACGGUGCUGAUGAAUACUUACAACUUCUUGAUGUGGUCAGCAAUACAAUGAAAGCUUUUAGCAACAUGCCAGAAGCAUUUGCUUACAAAUGUUAGAUAUUGGAUAGUCAGCAAAGCAUAUCGGAAGGAUAAAUUAUUCUGCUAUAAAGAAAAAGAAUAACGUGUAAUUAAUUCUGUAUCUUCGGGUAUCUAGGCAUGGUUUAUGCCAUGAUCAGUCAGUGUAGGUGUUCUUGGACAAAAUCAGAUUUGGUGUACGUUUUUAGCUUGCUUUAUGUAGAAGUGGAUUUUGAAGAAUUCAUCCAGCUUGGGUAAUUAAUUGCACUCAAGUAAAAUGGCCCCGUAACAACCAAUUGGAUAACUAGCAUAGUACAUUCCUGCGUACAGAAUUGACGCUUCUUCGGAUUAAGUGAAGAGUAUAAAUGGAACAAAUUUACUGUUUUUGCACUCAACUAUAGUAUAUAAAGCAGUUAAGCACUCCUUUCAUCUCAA